AUGGACAACCAGGAAAUAGUACGGCGGGCCGAGGAGGCCGGCAUACAGCUUGUAUCGUUCCUUUUCUGCGACAACGGAGGGAUCAUACGGGGCAAGUCCACACACAUAUCGGGACUGGAGCAGCGGCUUGAAUCGGGGAUUGGGGUGACGAAGGCGAUGCAAGCGAUGAGCGACAUGGACCAGUUGCAGAUCGUGGCGGGGAUGGGGCCGGUGGGAGAGUUCCGGCUGAUACCGGACCCGGACACGUUCACCAUGCCGCCCUACGCAUCGAAAAGGGCGUUGCUGGUGGCCGACAUGUUCACCACUGAGCGUGAUCCGUGGGAAGCGUGCCCUCGGGACUUCCUGAAGCGAAUGCUCGCCAAGGCGGAUAGCAUGGGCCUAACCUUGCAGGCGGCGCUGGAGCCGGAAUGGUACCUGGCAAGGCGUGAAGGCGACCGGUUCGUACCGAUUGACGAGAGUCUGGACAACUCCAGCAUCGGCGACGCGUUCGCACGGGAGGUGAUCGACGACGUGGUGGAGGCGUUGGAGGCCCAGGGACUGCGCGUAGAGCAAUACUACCCAGAGCUCGGGCACGGGCAGCAGGAGAUGAGCAUCGGCCAUGUCGACGCGCUACGAGCCGCCGACAACCACCUGAUUUACCGGGAGACCGUGCGCAACGUGGCGUGGCAGCACGGCUGGCUGGCGUCCUUUGCGCCCAAGCCGUUUCCCGACCAGGCGGGCAGCGGGUGCCACAUCCACUUCAGCGCGUGGGACAGCGGUGGCGAGCACAACCUGUUUUACGACCCGAUUGACGAGCACCAACUGAGUGCGCUGGCCUACCAGUUCAUCGGCGGGAUUCUGGCGCACCUGCCGGCGUUGACGGCGCUGACGUGUCCGAGCAUGAACAGCUACCGACGGAUUUCGCCCGGCUCGUGGAGCACGGCAUACAUCUGCUACGGCCCGGACAACCGCGAGGCGGCGGUACGGAUCCCGUCCCGGUUCUGGGGAUCUGAAAUGGCCUCGACCAACCUUGAAUUCCGGCCGGCCGAUUCCAGCUCCAACCCUUACAUCGCGCUGGGCGCGCUGAUCGCCGCCGGCCUGGAUGGAGUGGAACGCGGUCUGCGGCCCGAGAAAAGUUUGUUCAUUGACGUCGACCCGGCCCGUUUGACAGCGGAAGAGUUGGCCGCUCGGGGUAUCCGACGGCUGCCCGCUUCUCUGAUGGAAGCCAUCAGCGAGCUAACGGCCGACACCGCGCUCACCGAUGCCAUGGGCCCCAUGCUAGCUGACUCAUACCUGGCCAUCCGCAGGGCGGACUGGGAACUAUUCUCGCAACGCGACGCCGAGUUCGAAAUCCGACACCAUUUCUACAAAUACUGA